AAGCGGUGCGUGUGCAGAUCGAGGGAGAGAAAUUUUGUAGUAGGACUCUGCUCGAUCAAAGCUCAGCGUCAGAGGGAGAUCUGCAGCAUUUUCGCGUUGCAAGACUACCAGAAUGUCGCAAUCAGAAGAAUGGGCGAUCCCGCUGGUGAUUGGGUUGGGAGUGGUAGCCAUCACAGCAGUCCUAGCCAAAGUUUUCCUGUUUGGAAAGAAGAAAAAGGCCCUGGUGACUUUGGAGGACCCUAAUACCAAGUAUUCACUGAAACUCAUUGACAAAGAGGAGAUCAGCCAUGACACUAGAAGGUUCCGUUUUGCACUGCCAAGUCCGGAACACAUCCUUGGACUUCCUGUUGGACAGCACAUUUACUUGACCGCUCGGAUUGAUGGUCAGCUAAUCAUUCGGCCGUACACCCCAGUGUCCAGCGAUGAUGACAAAGGAUAUAUGGAUCUUGUCAUUAAGGUGUAUUUUAAGAAUGUUCAUCCCAAGUUCCCAGAGGGAGGUAAGAUGAGCCAGUACCUAGAGGCCAUGUCUAUCGAAGACUACAUUGACGUUCGAGGACCAAACGGUCUCCUCAAGUACACUGCCCCAGGUGAGUUUAAGAUCCGCCCUGACAAGAAGACUGAGGCGAGUACGUUCACCGCUAAGAAGGUUGGAAUGAUCGCGGGAGGGACGGGUAUCACUCCAAUGUUACAACUGGUCAGACAAGUGUUCAAGGACCCCCAGGACAAGACCGAGUUGUCUCUGCUCUUCGCUAACCAGACUGAAGAUGACAUCUUGCUGAGGAAUGAGCUUGAAGACAUCGCGGCUGAACACCCGACACGGUUCCACCUUUGGUACACCUUGGACCGACCUGGAGAUGGUUGGACAUACAGCAAAGGUUUUGUGAGCGCUGAUAUGAUCAAAGAACAUCUGCCCGGCCCUGAGGAAGGAACGAUGAUCAUCAUGUGCGGUCCCCCACCCAUGAUCAACUUCGCCUGUAUCCCUAACCUAGAAAAGCUUGGUUACUCCCCUGAAAUGAGAUUUGCAUACUAGGUCAUACGUAAACAGCAGCUUAGCUGAAAUAGUGUGUACUUAAGAUGUCCUCACAUUGUGUCAACUUGUGAUCUUUUAACACAAAACAUUCAAAUCUACUAAUCAUGGUCGAAUCUUUGUCAGAAAUAUUUGCAAGAAGAAUGUCCUGUAUCUUUGGAUUCUUUGCAGCAUCCAAGAUGCAAAAUGUCCUCCUCAAAAUCAGAAGCAUAAAUUAAAAGUUUAAAAAUUUUAGUUAUUUUUGUCGUAUUAGAGGACUCUCUCGGCGCAAGAUAUUUUUAUAAGGAAUGAUUACAAUCUCACUAUUGUCAACUCCCCUGAUAUUGUCAGUCAAACUGAUACUGGCCAUAUCAUGACCAGUUUAAAUUGUGGAGAUGCUGGAAUUAUCUUAUAUCUCUUUAAAUUUGAUGAAGAAUUUUCCAAAAAUUACAGAUUCUGUUCUGGAGAGCUAAAAUACUGUAUUUAUGUUAAAUUUCAGGGGGCUUAUAACUUUGUGGUUGUUCCAGUCAGACCUUCGCGUAACGAGUCGUGAAGACAUUCACCAAUAAACAUUUCUAUACAUUUAUUCGUAUAUAUGAAUAUUAGUGGGGUAUUUAUUUUCAUAUUAUCUUUAACGACUGCAAAUAUCACUAAAUUUAAUCGCUUAUGAAUAUUACCAACUAUUCAGUAAUAUGAUCAAUGUAUAAAUUAAAUGUAGAAUCUAAAUACAUAGAAAUGUAAUUACAAUAGACUUGAUUAUAAAUUAAAGGUAGAAUCUAAAUACACAGAAAUGUAAUUACAAUGGACUUGAUUAUAAGGCCUUUUACUUGUGGCCCAUGAAACUACUAUUUCAAACUUGAUUUUGAAGGCUAUGAUUUCAUACCAAAUGUUUUUGAGGAGGAAUAGACUUUGUAAGAUUUGAAAAAGCCUCUUUGACAAUGAACAUAUCCUGACUCAUCUCACAGAUGUGAUAUUUACGCUUUAAAGUGCUAUUAUACUGUGUAACAGAAUCGACUCCAUCUUGUGUUUAAUGUUCAAUUCAAAACAAGUAUGUUGUUUGAGGAAAGAGAUACAGUGUUAUGAAUGACAUUUGAUGAGUUUGAAUUGAGAGCGAUAUUUAUUGAUAAAGCAAAUGUGGACUAUUUUCACUUUAAUAUUUUUCUGUUUAUAGGGAAAUGGAUUUUUGUAGUUUUAUAUAUUAAUGAUAUAUUUCUGGGCAGAGGUUGAAGAAUUGUGUUUCUCCUGCUAUGCUAACUUUUUACAUACUUGAGUUAAUGAGUAGUGCUUGGUAAGUCAGUUGUGAUAGUUUUGUAUACUGUAAAUGUGGUUAUUUUCGCUGGGGUUUAGUUUCGCGAUUUUGAUAUGUAAACUAUACACGCGGGGAUAAUUUUCACGAUUGACCCACCUUCGUUUGAAGUUCCAGUUUACUCAAAUUACUAUCAAAAUAAUACACGUGGGAGAAAUUUUCGCGACCAAAAGGGAUCCGUGUAAUAGUGUAAAUUUCCCCCUCGCGUAAAUUUCCACAUUUAUAGUAAAUAGCGACAGUGCCAAGUUUGUACUACCAAUAGAUUUAUUUUCAUUUUGCUCCAAUAUAUGAUAUAGAUAGUUCACACAUUUCAUCAAGCAAUAUUAUAUUCAGAUUUGAUUACCACAUUGGAUUGAAAAGUAAAGUUUAUAACAUACCUUUCAUUUUGUAUUUCUCUAGACCUGGUACUUCAACAUUCUAAGCUUUUUGUUGUGGGAAUAUUGGGUAUCUAAUUAUGCAAAUUUUGUUUUUGUUUUUGCAAACAGUCACUCUUUAAUGGGUAAAAUUGAUGUUAAAACUUCAACAACAGGGUUUUUUUGUUGAUUUUUUAAUGAAAAUAUUUUUGAUGCAAACCUGUUGUUUGUUGAAUGUUUUGAGGAUGCUAUGUGCUGAUGAGUCACUACUCGGUGUGUAAGGAGAGAAGGAUCAGAAUGAAUGCUAUAGGCUCUAUAUAUAUUGAUGUACUAGAUCAUAUAACUGUUUCUAUACUUACAUGUUACUAUAAAUAAACACUUGCCUUGCUUUCAUA